AAAAACAAAAAGCUCUUCUUGCCCUUUUUCUUCUUCGUUUUGCUUGAAUUCGUGAUGGCUUGGCUGUUCAAGAAGAUCUACAGGUAUAAUAUCUACUAUUCUUGUUCCCAAAAUCACAUCUUCACAUGUUCCAUUUGCUUCUCAACUUCCACAACCCGGAGAGAAACCCUAAAAUCUGGCCCUGUUGUGGAAUAUCUGAUGACCUCGCUUGGAUUGUCCUCGGAGAAAGCAGCCAUUGCCUCCAAGCAUCUCUCCCCUCUCAGAUUCCCUGCAAACCCUGAAUCCGUGUUGAAUUUCUUGAGAAGUUAUGGUUUUGAUGAAUCUCAGAUCAAAAAAACUUGUCUCUUGGCAUCCAAAGUGGCUUUUGUUUCUCUGGAUCCAAUCUCAGGCAAUUGGUUCUUUUUAAUCCAAUUAUCCCUCACCAGAGUCUCGAAAAGCAGUUUGCGGCCGAGGAUAUUGUUCUGGAGAGACUUACUUGGCUCGGUUGAGAAUGCAAUGAAACUAUUCAAGGCAAAACCAUGGCUUCUUAGUUAUAGUUUGGAGCGGAGGGUGCUACCGAACUUUUGGUUGUUGCGAGAAUUUGGCAUUCCUGAUAAUAGGAUCACUUUGAUUGUGCAGAGACAGCCGAGACUCAUCUUACUAAAGCCUGAUGAUUUGAAGGCACUAGCUAGGAAGGUUGAGGAAAUGGGGGUCCCUCAUGAAUCAAACAUGUUUGUUUGGGCUCUUAGCAUUCUUCAGAAAAUCAACAAGACCAGGUUUCAUGCCAAACUGGAGUUUAUGAAGAGUUUGGGAUGGUCGGAGGUGGAUUUUCUAUCCGCGUUUCAGAAAAAUCCAAUAUUCUUGACGGUUUCUGAAAUGAUGAUGAAGAGAAAGAUUGAUUUCUUAGUGAAUGAAGCUGGUUGCAAGCUAUCUGAACUUGUUCGUGAUCCAAGACUUCUCGUGUUUAGCUUGGAUAAAAGGCUGUUUCCUCGGCACCAUGUCAUGCAAGUUUUGAAAUAAAAAAAAUUGCAUAGCGGGAAUUGUAGCCUGGGAUAUAUUAUGAGUAAGUCGGAAGAGAUGUUUGUGAAGAAUUAUCUUAUCUGUCACAAGGAAAAGGUUCCCAAAUUGCUUGAUUGGUAUAUUUCCAAAAGCAAAGGAGAGCACAUUUGAAUCCUGGAUUGAAGCACAAAGAGAAAUGAGUUUGAAAGUAAGGUAUUUUUAGUUUCCAUACUUGAGUACUUGAUUGAACCAUGCUCUUGAAUUUGUGUGGAUGAUGGCUAGUGCAACAUUCACCCAAGCACUUGACUAUAUCCAUGUGAAAUUUUUCAGCUUUUGAAUUUGUUGGUUAUGAAACUCAAAAUGUGUCCGAGUUGAAAGUUUUAAAGCCAAGAUAGAUGUGCCCUUGGUGUUGCAAAUUAUGGAGCAAAUUCUUGUCAAUUAUGGAUGUGGUCACUCGAGAUCUUAGUAUGUUAGAGAAUGGAUACUUUGUAGUUUUACAACUUAGUGGGGGCUUUGCUUUUAUUGUUUGUUAUAAGUAGGUAUUAAUUGUUAAGAGGUUGUCAUCUUCAUAGAAUUUUCAUUGGCUCUUAUUUUGCUCAUUUUACAAUUAGAGUGAAAAAAAUA